AAUACUACCGAAAAACUAAGCGAUUUGAGUGCCAAUGUUCGCCAGCAUUUGGAUGCCAUCCGACGGUUGAACGAUAUGUCUUGUAUUGGCGAACCAUCUCUUCAGAAUUCGCUCGAAAUGUCAAUGAAAAUACUAAGACAUAUGCCGGCCCACACCAGCAAAGAAGUACUCGUAUUGAUGGGCAGUUUGACGACAUGCGAUCCAAAUGAUAUCAAUCAGACGAUUAGUCAACUGUUUGUCCAUAACAUCCGCUGUUCGGUCAUUGGAUUGGCCGCCGAACUACGUAUUUGUCGAACAUUGGCCCAGAAAACCAAAGGCCUGUACGAUGUUGUCAUGGAUGAGGGACACUAUAAGGAACUGGUCUAUCAGCACAUGGAUCCGCCGGCAUCAUCAAUGACCGAGUCAUCGCUCAUGCAAAUGGGUUUCCCAACCUAUAUGAACGAUGGCCAAACUCAAGCAUCGAUGUGUGUAUGCCAUCUGAACAAUACAUGCAAUUUCAGUACAACCGGCUAUUUGUGUCCGAAAUGUCAAUCAAAAUACUGUGAUCUACCCGUCGAGUGUCAGGUUUGUGGCCUAACAUUGGUAUCGCCGGCACAUUUGGCCCGUUCCUAUCAUCAUCUGUUUCCAGUCGAUGUAUUCCAAGAGCUAACUGUUCCCGAAUCGGCCGAUACUACUACUACUACUACUACUCGUGAAUGCUAUGCCUUUAAUAAACAAAUCGAUAGUAAAAAUCAAUUAGUGGUGCCGUUUGUGAGGACUGUUCUCAAAAAUCUAUUGUAUUGAUUGCGAUCUGUUUAUUCACGGAAACACUUCAUGUAUGU